AUGUCGCCUACUGUUACGACGGUGCUGGCCGACUGUGAACAGUGGCUAGCACAGUUAUCAAAUACAGUCCUUCCACUGUCGUUCCGUACAGCCCUUUCACCGCUAACCUCCCAGCAUGAGGCGCGGCAAUAUACCAUCCUUGCCUACACGCUAAGCCAGCCUGCUCGCACGCCGCCCGUCCUCACGCCGCCCGUCCUCACGCCCGCCCGUCCACACGCCCGCCCGUCCUCACGCCCGCCCGUCCACACGCCCGCCCGUCCUCACGCCCGCCCGUCCUCACGCCCGCCCGUCCUCACGCCCGCCCGUCCUCACGCCCGCCCGUCCUCACGCCGCCCGUCCUCACGCCCGCCCGUCCACACGCCCGCCCGUCCUCACGCCCGCCCGUCCACACGCCCGCCCGUCCACACGCCCGCCCGUCCUCACGCCCGCCCGUCCUCACGCCCGCCCGUCCACACGCCCGUCCGUGCCCACGCCCGCCCGUCCUCACGCCCGCCCGUCCACACGCCCGCCCGUCCGCACGCCCGCCCGUCCACACGCCCGACCGUCCUCACGCCCGCCCGUCCUCACGCCCGCCCGUCCACACGCCCGCCCGUGCCCACGCCCGCCAUUAUAGCCCCCACA